AUGGCAAUGGCAACAAUGAGGGAGAGUCCUCGGAGCCCAGAAGCGAAAUUGGGCAUGCGAGUUGAGGAUCUUUGGGACAUUCAAGAGGCACAGCUAAGUCCUACUGAGAAGCUCAACGCUUGUUUUGAAAGCAUCCCUGUCUCUGCGUUUCCUUUGGGUCCUUCAAACAAAGAAAUUGAGAUCAAUUCAGACGCCACCCUGGCUGAAGCAGUUAUGACACUGUCACGACACAAUGUUUUCAGUGCACCUGUGGUGGAUGUUGAUGCGCCUGAAGAUGCUAGUUGGAUUGACAGAUACAUCGGAAUUGUUGAGUUUGCCGGAAUUGUUGUAUGGAUUUUGCAUCAGUCUGAACCUGCAUCUCCUAGGAGUCCAUCUACUCCAUCCAGUGCAAAGGCUAUUGCGGCUGCGGCUAAUGGAGUGAGUUUUGCUAUAGAACUUGAAGCUUUAGGCCUUGGCUCUGCUGCAACAACUUCAGGAAACUUUUUUGAGGAUCUAACUUCUUCUGAACUUUAUAAGAAUACCAAGGUUCAAGACAUUUCAGGGACAUUCCGCUGGGCCCCAUUUCUUGCUUUAGAGAGAUCAAACUCAUUUCUUACCAUGCUCUUGCUGCUUUCUAAGUACAAGAUGAAGAGUGUUCCUGUGUUGGAUUUAGGCUCUGGUACAAUAGAUAACAUUAUUACACAAUCUGCUGUGAUUCAUAUGCUGGCAGAAUGCGUUGGACUUCAGUGGUUUGAAAGCUGGGGAACCAAGAAACUAUCUGAAGUUGGUCUUCCCCUGGUUACACCAGAUCAGAUCAUAAAGAUUUAUGAAGAUGAACCAGUCCUUCAAGCAUUUAAAGUAAUGAGAAAAAAGAGGGUUGGAGCGGUGCCUGUAAUUGAGAGAGAGAGCGAAAAGGCAUUUGGUAAUAUAAGCUUGCGAGAUGUUCAAUUCUUGCUAACUGCACCAGAAAUCUAUCACGAUUAUAGAGCCAUUACAGUAAAGGACUUCCUGACUGCCGUUAGAAGUUUCUUGGAAAAGAAUGAAAACGCAUUCCCAAUGGUAAGUGAAUAUGUUACAUGCAAAAAGGACUGUACAAUCAAAGAGUUGAUUCUACUGCUUGAUCAAGAGAAGAUUCAAAGGGUGUAUGUGGUGGACGAUGAUGGGGAUCUGCAAGGACUAAUCACACUAAGAGACAUAAUCUCAAGGCUAGUACACGAACCACGUGGCUAUUUUGGUGAUUUCUUUGAUGGUGUUCUACCUCUGCCUGCAAACACCAGGGUUUAA